UUUAUAACGUCUUUCUUUUUUCCCCCAAGCGCUUGGCGUUGCCAGCACUGGUCCUGUUUCUAUGGUGAUAGACAUUUUAAAACAUUUUAAACAAUGGGGAUUGAGUCGCACAGUAGGCUUCUGUUGCAGUUCGUUUGGAUGGUGGGAAGUAAUGCAAGUAAGUACAAAGAAAUUUUCAACUCAAAUGGACCCGAACGUCAAACGGACCAGAAGGUCUGUGCACAAGUGUAAACUUGAUAGCAUUCAAGAUACACAGCAGGGCUUAGACGGACCAAUUCCUGAUAAGCUAGGCAGCCAUCAGCCAGGAGCCAUCAGCAGUGAAGUGCAAUCAAAUGACAUGCUUUUUAGUGGGUGGAAGAAAGGACAAGAACUCCCAUGUGCUAAAUCACAACAUGCUUCAGUGGAAACCCUUGAGAACAGGUUCCUCAAAGUGCGACAGAGUUUACUACAAAACACAAAUGGAAAUGUCAAUCACAAUUUUAAUGAGCAGACAAUGGAAUCCCUGCACAGAAUUCUAGCAGGAGCAGAUCUGCUUAAAAAAGAAGAGGCUACAAUGAGUAUCCUCGGGUCAAAAUACGAUUUACAGAUGGGCAGUAACUCUGAAGCUUUACACCUACCAUUCGCUUACUUGAUUAGGUCUAAUUCAACAAGAUCUGUUGAAUGCUCCUCAAACCCACCCAAAGUCAUUGUGAAGGAAAUGUCUAAGGGCAGAGAAAAAAGCAGAGCCGACAAAAGUUCAUCUUUCAAGGGCAAACAUCUUGACUUCUUUGAAGUCGUGAAGGAACAACUGCAACAGAAGGAUUUGGAAAACCAACAUCUUGUCCAUUUGUUGUUGGUCAAGCAACAAGAACUGAAAGAUAUGAAAGAGAAAUCAAAGCAAAAUGAGAGAGAAACCCAACUUAUUACCGAAAAGCUGAAAUGUGAGGAGCAGAAAAAUACAGAGAUCACCACCAGGUUCGAUCAUAUCUGUGAAGAUAUGAAGGAGGAACUAGCUGAAGCCAAAAGUAACAACAAAACUUCAAUGAAGCAGCUUAAAGCACUGAUGGAGAAAUACGAGCGUCUCAAAACACGUGCCGUCACGAUGAAGGACCAGCUCAACCUGGAGCUCAACGAGAAAAAGAGCUGUCAGAAAUCAUUAAAGAAGCUUCAGCAGGUGUCUCAAGAGCUGCUAACCAAGCAGAAGCUACUAGAGGAGCAAAGAGAUGUAGCGGGUCGAGAUCUCGCUUCGUGUAGAGAGACCUUGCAGUUGAUUGAUGCUGAACACAAGAAGAACAUCAGCAUUAAUCAGAGGCUUGAAGAGGAGGCAUCGGCCAUAAGAAGUGAAUCUGCAAACCUCAGAGACCAUUUACGUAAAGCUCAGGAGAAGAAUAAAGAGCUCAUUCAGUCGACUCGCUCCAAAGAGUCCGACAAUGAGAAGAACGUUAAGGAAUUUCAGGAGAAGCUGAACGCUGAGUUGGAGAAGUGCCGAACAGAAAGAGACAAAGCACAUCAGCAGGUGGAGACCUUGAAGUAUGAAUCGAAAUUGAUUCACAACAAGCAGAGAGUGGAGAUACUUCAACUACAGGAGCAGCAAAAUGCCCAUCUGCAGCAGUCCGAUGGUUUGAGAAGAGAGUGCGAGACCUUGAUGGAGAUGGCCAAUAAACUCAAGAGAGACAAGCAAGUCCUGACAGAGAAGCUGCAGACCAUUCAUAAAGAAAAGAUGGCGUCUCAGAUGGCAAGCGUCAGGGAGGGAGAACGACUCAAAGAGGCCAUUGGUUUGCUUGAGCGAGAGAGGGAGGUGCUGUUAGCAGAGAUGGAAGACUUGCGCAAGGAUUACCUCGGCAUCAGCGACAGGAUCACACAGAAAAUGGGCCACAUGGAUGCAGCUGAUCCUCCCAUGACCAUUACUGACAUCACAUCAAAACAUCAAAGAAACGCACUAAAGCUCUCACCUACUGAUGAUGUGAUCCAGGAUAUAAGAAGAAAACUAGAAGAGGAGAACAAACAGCAAAAAUGAACAAGUCAUUUUGUCUCCUGGUGGACAUUAGCUACAUGCCCUGUAGAAUGCAGGCAU